CAUGCUCUCCUCCACCAGGGCAGAGAGAGCGCCCCCUUCAGUGGAUGUAUAUAAAGGCAGCAGGAGAUGAGCUCGCGCUGCUAGAAGGCUUUAGAAGCGAGUGAAGGAGGAGGAGGAAGAGGAGGAGGAGGAGGAGAUCACCAGCGCACUCUGGCACUCGCUCUCGCUCCCAUUCACUCUCAUCCUCGCUCUCGCACGCCUCACUGGGAUUAAGGGCGGUUUGACUCCGGCAUGGACGGAUCUACUCAUCCUCAGCUCGCGCUGGUCCUGCUCACCUGUGCGCGAGAGCUCUCAGCAGGGCUGCAGUGAACUUCACGCAGGGGUCUGGUCUGUGCGCGAGAGCAGCUGUUGUGCAUGGAUGCCAAUCAUGGAAACAAGAAACCAAGAGAACUCGACUCUAGAGGACCUCACCGGCUCCUCGGCCGCCUCCAUGAACUGCUGCUCCCUGCCCAUCAUGCAGGACGAGGGCGCUCUGCUGGACGGUCUGGACGACAGCACCAAGCUGAUUGGAGUUCAGGUGAUUCUGAUUCUAGCCUACAGCUCCAUCAUUCUGUUCGGCGUGACCGGAAACGCCCUGGUCAUCUACGUCGUCUACAAGUUCCGCAACCUGCACACGGUCACCAACUUCUUCAUCGUGAACCUGGCGGUGGCGGACCUGCUGGUGAACACGCUGUGCCUGCCGUUCACGCUGAUGUACACGCUGUACGGCGAGUGGAAGUUCGGCCAGGCCAUGUGCUACCUGCUGCCCUACGCUCAGGGCCUGGCCGUCAACGUCUCCACCAUCACGCUCAACGUCAUCGCGCUGGACCGCUACCGCAGCAUCGUCCACCACAUGGAGACCAAGAUGUCCAAAGACGUCUGCGCCGUGGUCAUCGCAGUCACCUGGGUGGCGAGUGCCGUGCUAGCUAGCCCACUGGCCAUCUUCAGAGAGUACGUCACCUUUGACCUGACGCCAGAGCAGAGCAUCCAGGGCUGUGCUGAGAAGUGGCCGGGCAGCAGCACGGACGGCACCGUCUACAGCAUCUCCAUGUUCUUCCUGCAGUACGGCCUGCCACUCUCCGUCAUCUCCUUCGCCUACGCCAGGAUCUGGACCAAGCUCAGGAAGCACAUCAGCCCGGGCGGGGGCCGCAGCGACCGCCACCGCCGUCGGCAAAAGACCACCAAGAUGCUGGCGGUGGUGGUGGCGGUCUUCGCUGUCAGCUGGCUGCCCUUCCACGCGUUCCAGCUGGCGGUGGACAUCGACAGCAGCGUGCUGGAGAUGAAGGACUACAAGCUGCUGUACACCGUGUUCCACAUCGUGGCCAUGUGCUCCGCCUUCGCCAACCCCAUCCUCUACGGCUGGAUGAACAGGAACUACAGGGGGGCGUUCGCCGCCGUCUGCAAGUGCGGCCGGGCGGAGAGCAGACUACGCAGGGUGCACAGCCGAGACACCGUCAGGAUAAAAGCUCACGAGCACCAGAGCACCAUCAGCGUCCUGACGCAGGCCAACACGCACCUCUAAAUGCUGUGCUGAGGGACACAUGAGGAUACAUGAUGGUUCGAUGGUUAAAAGGUCACAUUUACCACAGUAUUCGAUGGAACGGGAUUGUUCUUUAUAUGUAAAUAUUUUGGUUCUUUACUUAUUUUAUUAGCUUCUUUAGCUUCUUUAGCACUGGAGCUACACGGCUAACGUAGUUAACAAGAUAUGGAAGAUAAGCGCAUGUGAGUUAGUGGUGCGAACUGCAUGUCCGAAUCUUCUCAUACUUUCCUAGAAUAUCUCAGGAUUCAGUGAUUUCUAACAGUAUCGUAUUUAAAGUGAAUGCAGUCUGCAGACGUCUCAAGUCUCCUGGAAGUCACGGGAGUCUACCACAUAUCAAUAUUUAUACAUAACAGUCCCUGGUACCCGCACAUCAGAUAAAAUCACCGGGAGUCAGUAGGCGCACGCUGGCAACGCAAAGAGUCUGUGACUCUGCAAAGAUUCUGUAAGUCAGUCAAUCAGUUUUUAGUGUGGGUGGGCAGUGUUUUUUUUUCCCCUCCUGCACAGGAUGAGCUCAUUUCACCUCUGACUACUCUAAAGUAUAUCCAUAUCUGAAAAGGUAAAAAACAAUGAAAGUCAUGCUGUACAGUUUAUAAUAAUGAUUUUAGCAUUGCCCACAAGGAAUAAAUGAUUGCAAAAGGCAUGUUGGGGUGAGUUAAUAUGUGACUAUCCCUCCAUAUAUAUCUGAAGUAGCUAC